AUGAGCAGCAGGUGCGGCUAUGGGCAGCAGGUGUGGCUAUGGGCAGCAGGUGCGGCUAUGGGCAGUAGGGCAGCAGGUGCGGCUAUGGGCAGUAGGGCAGCAGGUGCGGCUAUGGGCAGUAGGGCAGCAGGUGCGGCUAUGGGCAGUAGGGCAGUAGGUGUGGCUAUGGGCAGGAGGUGCGGCUAUGGGCAGCAGGUGCGGCUAUGGGCAGUAGGGCAGCAGGUGCGGCUAUCGGCAGCAGGUGCGGCUAUCGGCAGCAGGUGCGGCUAUCGGCAGCAGGUGCGGCUAUGGGCAGUAGGGCAGCAGGUGCGGCUAUCGGCAGCAGGUGUGGCUAUGGGCAGCAGGUGCGGCUAUGGGCAGUAG